AUGGCUAAAUUGACGUGGUUCAACAUUGCCAUCUGCCUGGUCGUCUCUUGGGGAGGAUUCUCCUAUGGCUUUGGCUUCGCCAUCUUUGUCACCAGCCUUGGACAGCCCAGCUUCUACGAGUACUUCGAUCUCGAUCCGACUACACCGCGAAGCAAGUCAAACCCCAUUCUCACCCUCGAGAUCCACAAGAGCCUAAUACUCUGCAGCAUUCUCGGAGCCAUCAAUGCACUCUUCAAUUUUGGGUUGGCCGUCGGUGCUCUGGCACAAGGGUGGCUGGUUGACGUGGUCGGGAGGAAGAAAGCCUUCUAUAUUGCGGCCAUAUCUUCCCUCGUGGGAGCCGCUCUGAUCACCAGUUCGACUGUGAUUGGUAUGCUCAUCGCAGUUCGUCUGCUGCACGGCUUUGGUCUGGGGAUGCUCAUCUGUCUUGUGCCACUUUACUUGACCGAGGUCGCACCUCCGCGCCACCGCGGUUCGCUCAGUGGACUGACAACGUUGAGCUUUGGCAUGGGAUAUCUCGUUUGUGCAUGGCUCUCCAUUGGCACCUAUUAUGCAAAAGAAUUCAACAUUCAGGUCCGGGUGCCGCUGGCGCUCGCUAUGGUCGGACCGCUCGCCCUCGUCGUUGGGCUGCCUUUCAUCCCUGAGUCCCCUCGAUACCUUUGCCUGAAGAACAGACCCAACGAGGCAUGGACAGUACUCCGCAGGAUCCAUCACGAUCCGGACGACGAGGCUGACUCGGCAGCUCAUGCCGAGUUUGUGCAAAUCACCAGACAGGUCGAAUUCGAGAAGGAGCAAAAGGCGGGAUACAUUGAAAUGUUCAGGAAGCCCUCGUGGCGGAAGAGGAGCUUGCUCGCGAUCUUUAUUCAGUCAGUUCUUCCUACACCGAUCCUGGAAUUCGGCUGA